UUUCAAUCCACAUGCAUUCUUGGCUCAAGCCGUGUGGACUCACGCUGUGAUUCGACCUUACCUCAGCUUUAUCACUCGGACCGCGGGUGAUCAUUUAUUCGAGGCGCAGUGGGAGUCCGCGAUGGCAGACGAGCGUCGCCAAGGCGCGAGGCCGGACGCUUGGAGCUACAGCGUGCAGCCGCAUUUUGAGAUGCAGCCUGGCUGGGAGCAGCAGUCAGCAGAGUACCACUGGGGCGAGCAGCAGGGCAUGUCGCAGCCAUGGAUGCAGGGCCUCCAGCCAGGCUCCAACACGAUGACGGCAGCCAUGGCGACUUUACAGCAGUUGAUGCCACAGCAGGGCGCGAUGCAGCAAGCCCAAGUCUAUUAUGCCGCGACUAUGCCUUCGCCCACAGACCGCUCGCAGCAGCCGCUUGCGUCCGAUGUGUCAGCGUCGACAUUGGCGGCAGCUGCGCGCGCGUUGGCUCAGGUGGAGUCUGCAGAGCAGGAGUUUGUUGCACAACAGAGGCAGAUGGAGCAGCACUUCAGGGCCGCGGAGGCGGCGCAGAGGAAGCUGCAGGACGCGAAGACGUACCUCAGCGGCAUGGCCGCCUGCAUGCAAGCCGCGGGACUUCACAGCGGCAGCAGGACCGAGCUGCCCGCCGCCUUCGCCGGCGCGAGCCCUCCCCACCUCUCCUACUCGUGGAGCGCCGAGCAGGAGUACAAGCUUGGGGCGAGGGCCCUCUCCGCCGCCACGGCCCCUUCCGCGGCAGGCGGCCACGCUGACUCCACGGUGCACGGGUGGCCGGGCGCGGUGGCCGCCAGACAGAGCGGCACGGGCGCAGGGGCAGCGGCGGCCACGCUGGCAGCGGAGGUGGAGGCCGCUCCAGCGCCAGAGGCGGAGCCCGCCGCAGGGCUGGAGGAGGAGGAGGGCGGCGCCGAGGGCGGCGUCGGCCAGGACAUCCAGAAGGCGGUGGCGGCGUUCCUCAUGGGCGACGGGUGCUCCUUCGAGGACGAGGACGAGGACGAGGAUCAGCAGCAGCAGCAGCAGCAGCAGCGGCAGCCGCCGCAGCAGGGGGGGCCGGCGGAGCCGGCCCAGGCAGAGUCGCUGCCGUCCACCGCCCCACCAGCCUCCUCGAGCCCGGCCGCGUGGAAUCCCAGUGGGCUCGAGGAGCCGCACGCGUCGCGCAGUCCGCUCGCGGCGCCGGCUGUCGCUGCUGGUGCCCGCAGCCCGCAGGUCGAAGGCCGACGCCCACAGCCCACUCACCCAGACCCCCGAGCCAGCGAGGGCGAUGAAGCGGACCCUCUCGAGCAGCUGAAGGCCAUGCUCCACGCAGGGCAGCUCGACCCGAGCCUGCUGGCGGACCAUGUCGCUGCGCGCUUCGGUGCGCACUUCAUGCGCCCCGACGCCCGCGCUGACCAGGGCGAUGGAGAUGGCCCUUUCGAGGAACUGGUGGGCAUGCUCCACGCCGGGCAGCUGGACCCGUGCGUGCUAGCGGAGCACGUCAACGCGCGCUUCGGCCCCUGCGUCCAGGCCGCCUCGAGGCCCCGCUGGGCGCCGCAGGCCGGAGGCAGGCCACACGCCGCUCCCAGCGACGCUGGAGCGCGCCACCCCGACGCGCGCGAGCAGGACGAGGCCGCCGCGGCGGGCGGCGACGCGGACUCCAUCAACGCCGUCGUGCUGGAGAUGGUGCGCCAGGGCCAGCUCAGCCACGACUGGCUGCUGGCCGAGAUCAAUGAGCGCAUCCCGGUCACCUACCGGCUGGUCCCGGCCCACGCGCCGCCGCCUCCGCCGCCCGCGCAGCCAGGCCCGCCCGCCGCCACCGCGGCAGGCCAGGGCAAAGCGCGGCGCGCGGAGGUCGCGCCAGCGAGGGGCGACGCCUCCGGCACCUCGGCCCUGGCCCGCAAGCCUCUGCCGGCAGGCCUGGUCGCUGGCAGCCCCCCGCCCGUGGGUGCGGCCGGUGGCUCGCCGGCAGCGCCGCCCGCCGUCAGGCGCAGCGUCGGCGCGCAAGGGACGGCGCAGCCGACGAUGGCCGACGGGGGCGACUCGAGGGGCGACAGCGAGGUGGCGAGGCGCUCGGGGGCCGAUAGGCUGCUGCACGAGAUGGGCCAGGAGGGCGCCACCACCGUGAUGCUGGGCAACCUCCCCAGGCACGUGACGCAGGGCCAGCUGCUGGAUAAGCUGGCGGAGACGGGAUUCAGGGGCACGUGGGAUUUCCUCCACGUGCCCUCGACAUUCGGCACGGGGGUGGGGAAGGGCUACGCCUUCAUCAAUUUCA